UGCGUAGUAUUUCGACGAAAUGUCAUAUGACGCCAAAGGAUGAGAAUGUGUUGGUUUUAUCAUUAUCAUUAUCAAAAUAGCUUAGAAACUGAAAAGUUCUAGCAUAUAUUUCUUGGCAACUAAAACCCACAGCUGCACUAUUAGUUGAGAGACACUGCCAUGUGUCUGCCAAAAAAACUGAUAAAAAUAAGCUGCUAAGAGCUAUAGCCUUGUGGGCAGCGCUUAUUUAUGGUUCAGGCUUAUUAGUACAUUAAAUACGGCAUCAGCGGCUAGUCUACUCGACUUUCAUCACAUGUAUGUCUGUUGACUUUAAAAAAAGAACUACGAACUGUGUCCCGCUUUAAUAUUGAAAAUAUCCCAGCACUGGAGAGACGUUGGAGAGCGGGAAGGGAAGGCCUGGAAAUGAGAACAGAGGUUGCUAUAUUUCUGCUCAAUGUAUGAAGACAAGACCGUAUCAGUAAAGGAGGGAGAAUCUGUCACUCUGAGGACUGGUGCUGAAAUACAAAUCGAUGAUCAUUUACAAUGGAUGUUUGAACCUCAAGAGAAACCCAUAGCUGAAAUCAAAGGCGACACCAGAGAAAUCUCAUAUCGUGGUGCUGAUGGGAGAUUCAGAGACAGACUGAAGCUGGAUGAGAAGACUGGAUCUCUGACCAUCACAAACAUCACAACUGAACACAUUGGAGUCUAUAAUCUACAGAUCAACAGCAGCAGAGAGACGUUGUAUCAAAGAUUCAUUGUCAAUGUUAAAAAUGAAGACAAGACCGAAUCAGUAAAGGAGGGAGAAUCCGUCACUCUGAUGACUGGUGCUGAAAUACAAAACAAUGAUCAUAUACAAUGGAUGUUUGGACCUCAAGAGAAACCCAUAGCUGAAAUCAAAGGCGACACCAGAGAAAUCUCAUAUCGUGGUGCUGAUGGGAGAUUCAGAGACAGACUGAAGCUGGAUGAGAAGACUGGAUCUCUGACCAUCACAAACAUCACAGCUGAACACAUUGGAGUCUAUAAUCUACAGAUCAACAGAAACAAAGGGGCGUUGUAUCAAAGAUUCAUUGUCACUGUUAAAAAUGAGGACAAGACCGUAUCAGUAAAGGAGGGAGAAUCCGUCACUCUGAUGACUGGUGCUGAAAUACAAAACGAUGAUCAAAUACAAUGGAUGUUUGGACCUCAAGAGAAACCCAUAGCUGAAAUCAAAGGCGACACCAGAGAAAUCUCAUAUCAUGGUGCUGAUGGGAGAUUCAGAGACAGACUGAAGCUGGAUGAGAAGACUGGAUCUCUGAUCAUCACAGACAUCACAGCUGAACACAUUGGAGUCUAUAAUCUACAGACCACCAGAAACAAAGGGGCGUUGUAUCAAAGAUUCAUUGUCAAUGUUAAAAAUGAAGACAAGACCGAAUCAGUAAAGGAGGGAGAAUCCGUCACUCUGAGGACUGGUGCUGAAAUACAAAACAAUGAUCAUAUACAAUGGAUGUUUGGACCUCAAGAGAAACCCAUAGCUGAAAUCAAAGGCGACACCAGAGAAAUCUCAUAUCGUGGUGCUGAUGGGAGAUUCAGAGACAGACUGAAGCUGGAUGAGAAGACUGGAUCUCUGACCAUCACAAACAUCACAGCUGAACACAUUGGAGUCUAUAAUCUACAGAUCAACAGAAACAAAGGGGCGUUGUAUCAAAGAUUCAUUGUCAAUGUUAAACAUGAAGACAAGACCGUAUCAGUAAAGGAGGGAGAAUCCGUCACUCUGAAGACUGGUGCUGAAAUACAAAACGAUGAUAAAAUACUAUGGAGGUUUGGACCUCAAGAGAAACCCAUAGCUGAAAUCAGAGGUGAGACCAGAGAAAUCUCUACAUAUCACAGUGCCGAUGGGAGAUUCAGAGACAGACUGAAGCUGGAUAAGAAGACUGGAUCUCUGAUCAUCACAGACACCACAGCUGAACACAUUGGAGUCUAUAAUCUACAGACCACCAGAAACAGAGGGGCGUUGUAUCAAAGAUUCAUUGUCACUGUUAAAAUCGAAUUGAUAUCAUUGGUGGAGGGAGAACCGGUCACUUUACACACUAAUACUGAAAUGCAGAAAGACGAUCUGAUAGUGUGGAUGUUUGGAGAUGAAGGCACUCGCAUAGCUCAAAUGACCGGAAAGAAAAGAGAAACAUUUGGAGGUACUGAUGGGAGAUUCAGAGACCAACUGAAGCUGGACAAGAGGACUGGAUCUCUGACCAUCAAGAGCACGAGAACUGAACACUCUGGGCUUUACAUCCUACAGAUCAGCAACAGAGAAACCACAGGCGAGAUAUUCAAAGUUGCCAUAAAUUUGGAGAAAGUGUCAGCCAAGGAGGGAGAGUCCGUCUCUCUAAACACUAAUGCUGUAAUACAGAGAAAAGAUGACUUACAGUGGCUGUUUGGAGAUGAAAACACUCCCAUAGCUGGAAUCAAAAAAGAUUGGAUUGGAAAGAUCUCCACAUUUGACGUUGGUGAUAGUAGAUUCAGAGGCAGACUGCAGCUGGACGAGAAGACUGGAUCACUGAUCAUAACAAACAUCACAACUGAACACGAAGGAGUCUAUUCUCUGAAGCCCGUCGGCAGUAAAUCCACCGAAAUCAAGAGAUGGAAUGUUACUGUCAGAGUGUUGAAGUCAGUAGAGAUAAGUGGAAGGAAUGUGACUCUAAACACUGACACUGAAGUACAGAGAGAUGAUCUGGUCCUGUGGAUGUUUGGAGAUCAAGACGAUCUCAUCGCUCAACUGACCGGAGAGACUGGAGAGAUGACGUAUGGCAUGAGAUUCAGAGACAAACUGACGCUGAACAAGAACACCGGAUCUCUGAGCAUCAGUGACAUCACAUCUGGACCUUAUAAUCUACGGAUCACCAGCAGCAAGAGGACGUCAUACAGGAAAUUCAGAGUUUUCAAGCCUUGUGAGUCCGAUCCCAAGACGGUGUCAGUGAUGGCGGGAGAAUGUUUAGUUUUAAUCACUGAUUUUAAUGUAGAAAGAGAUGGGAAAGUGGAGUGGAGGUUUGGAGAUAAAAUUCUCAUAACUGGAAUGAAUGGAGGUGGUGAUGAGAGAUUCAGAGACAGACUGGAGCUUCACCAUCAAACUGGGUCUCUCACCAUCAAAGACACUAGAACCAGCGACACUGGAGUUUAUCGUCUAAAUCUCUGCAGCAGAGGUGGAAACAACAUUAGCUGGGAAUGCAGUGUCACUUGUCAAUAGUGAGGAACUCUUCCAAUAUGACUUUUAUUAGUUAAAGUGACUUAAGCCAUUUCUUUAUCAUCGAUUACUUGCUCUCAUGUUGUGCGAAACUUAACUUUAUUUCUUCCGAACUUAGACUUCUAUCUGAACUUAGGUUUCUGAAUAUGUUCAAAACAUUAUUGAGUAAAUACAGUAAAAAAAAAUGUAGACAUGCUAAUUAAUCAUUUGUAUAAGAGAAAGGAAUAGUAUUUGUCUUUCAUUGACUUGGUUUGUAGUGAUGGCAAUUUCAAAACAUUGCUUUAUGAACCGCCUUUACAAAUCGUUAGUUCCGAAUCAAUGGCUCAGCGCAUGCAUCAAACUGCUCGAGUCACGUGAUUUCACUAAACGAGGCUUCAUUCCCAGACAGCAAACUGACAUUGAAUCAACGUGGAAACGACGUCUCUCAUGAGAUUGAA